AAUCUUCAAAAUAUGGAAACAAAGCCAGAGGAAAUUUACAUUAAACCAGAAAUCAACAUCGAAGUUGAAAUCGAACCAUACAAUGAUGUUCCAGUGGAGGAGACGAACAGCAAAUACGUUAAAGUAGAAUCUCAAGCCAGCAGCAAUACAAAAAGUCUUCAAAAUACAGAGUCAUACUAUGGAACACCGGAAACGUCUACAGCAGUCAUCGAAUCAAAGAGAACGAUAGAAUUCGAAGGGAAAGUAUACGAGAAUGGUAAAAUUAAUAGAUUACAAUGUCCACAGUGCGAUAAUACGUUUAAGAAUAGAGCCAAUCUCAGAGCGCAUAUUAAAUUCAUACAUUCCACGGACCAAGAUGUUGUUGACUGCAACAUUUGUUUUAGAACGUUCAAAUCAUUACUACAUCUUCGAUCUCACAAGAGUUCUGUCCAUGCGGAUGAAAAAGAAGUUGCUUGUGAUUACUGUGACAAAACAUUUUUGAAUAAGAAAAAACUGAACAACCACAUAUUCUACUGCCACCCGGAUGAUGAAGAAAACGUCAGUUGUGAGGUAUGUAAGAAGAUUUUCAAAACCAAAUACCGUCUGAAAGUCCACAUCAAACAAGUUCAUCCGGAAGGCCAAACGGUGACCUGUCCAGAAUGUUCGAAGGAGUUUAAGAACAAUAUGCUCUUACAAAGACAUGUUAAAUGGGCUCAUCCCUCAGAUGGGUUGAUUUACCGCUGCCCCCAAUGCAGUAGAGUGUUGCCUUCAAUAGAUGGUUACAAACGCCAUAUGGCAGCCGUGCAUGGCUCCAAAAAUGUCUCUUGUGACGUAUGCAACAAGGUUUUCAAGACCAACGGUAGCUUGAAUCGUCAUAUGUCAACAGUCCACAGCAGCGUAAAAGUCGAAAGAAAGAAAUAUAAGACGGGCGACUUACAAUGCACCGCGUGCGACAAGAAAUUCGCUACAAACACAGCUGUACUGUGGCACUAUGAGAAGUGUCACUCGGAAAAUAAGGUGGAUACAUCUUGUCAUGUAUGCUCGAGAGAGUUCUGCGAUCUAAACAAUUUAAAACGGCACAUGGAAACCGUGCAUUCUGAACAAAGUGCAACGUGCAAUAUCUGCUUCAAAACGUACAAGUCUCCUAUGAACUUACAAAGGCACAUAAGAAUAACGCAUGCGCCUCCCGAAGCGGCUAAAAGGUGCGAGAUAUGCCAGAAAACUUUCAAGUGCUCGAUGCAUUUAAAGAUACAUAACAACGUCGUUCAUUCCAAAGAAGGAGAAUUUGCUUGUUCAAUUUGCAACAAGGUUUACUCCUCGAAAAAGUACAUGAACAAGCAUAAGAAAACUCAUAAUAGCAAAGAAUAUCCAUGCACUAUUUGUACAAAGUUCUUCAAAUCUACUAACGAUGUGACAAGGCAUAUACGGAGAGUGCAUAUGAAAAAUGGUGAUCCAGUUGAGUCAAUGCAGGAAAACUGCAACAAUGAAGAGAUGAGCUGUGUCAAAUGUGGUCAGAUGUUUCCAAAUGACACAGAACUUCAUGCUCAUAUUAUAAAUUGUGGACUUGUAAAAAUAGAGCAGAUUAGUAACGUAAAAAGCGACGAAAAUUGUUGUGGUAAAUGUGGUGAAGUUUUCAACGAAGCUACAUUAUUAGAGACCCAUAUAAUCCAGUGUGGGAUCGUAAAAAUUGAAAGAAUAGAUGAAGACGAUGAUUCAAUAGAAAACAAUUUAGAUAGCAAAAUAGCUAAUUGUGUCAAAUGCAGAAGGGUUUUCAGCAAUGUUACACAGCUACAGACACAUAAAAUCAGUUGUGACGGUGAAAUUGAACGAAGAGAAAUAAAAAUGGAGAUUGAAGAAUGUGACGAUGAAUAGAAUAGAAAACUGUAACAUUUAUUAU